AUGGAUCCUGCAACAACAGCCGUUAUUAAUUAUUUAGAACAACGAACUGAAAUUGAUCGAGUUCAUGUAAAAGAUAGAGGUACAUGUUCAUCAGAUGCUUUUCUACGUUGGGAAGAAAAAAAUGAAUGUGAAUUACCUGAUGAUCUGAAAAAAUUCUAUACAAUGUCAGAUGGACUUGAAAUACGAUGGUCAAUUAAAACAGGAAAUGUUAUACCAACAUUUAUUGGUAAAAUGUAUAUAAAUUCAUUAAAUGAUUUAACAAGAAUAAUAUCAUCAGGAUCCAAACAAACGACAGUUGAUGAAUUGAAUGAUUUUAUUGAGAAUGAUACACCUCGAUUUAAUUCUUGUGCAUGGUAUAUAUAUGAACUUGAUCCUUGCGAUGGAUAUGGCCGUGUUUGUCUUGUCUACAGUCCAAAUCGUGAUGUGAGUAUUUGGUUUAUGGAUCGUUCAUUACAUUUUCAUCGACUUGCUUCAACAUUUACCGAUUAUUAUCGUCUAUUUCUUCUUCAUUGUGGCUUACCUUAUUGGCAAUAUAAAUAUACUGAUUUUGGUAUUCCACCUUACAUAUUACAUUGGUAUUAUGCAAUAGUACCUUCAUUAUUAAUUUCUCAUUCAAAUGAUGAUAUAUCAACAUUAAAUUUAAUUCCAUUUAAUGCAGAAAAAGUAUUUCAACGAAAUACAAGUUCUUCAUCAAAAAAUUCUAAAGCAGCAGUAAAUCAACAAAAUUCAACAGGACAAACUCAACAAGGAUAUCCUAUCGCUGGUAUUCGUAGUGCUACACAAAAUCAAAAACGUCCAAUUCAACAAACGAAAAGUAUCAAUCGAUCAUCAUCUGUUCCACGUUCAAUGAAUAAUUCAUAA